UAAAUAGCCUUGAAGGUUACCAUUGGAACAGCUGAUUCUGUGCUACUUUACAAAGGAAAUAUAUAAAUUCGAAGUUUAUUGAAGACUUAGUCGAAUGAUAAUCAGAGUUCCAUGAGCAGUGAUAAUUUUUCGCUGAACAACAAUGACAGGGUGCCUGGAGUAUACGUAAAUCCAACCUUACAAAAACAUCCACGUAUAUGUUAACCUUCAAUGAUAAAGUGAUUGAAGCCUGAAUUAUCAAAAUCGAAGGAAUAUUCGAUGAUAAAUAUCAUUAAUGUGUACAUACUCUGGACGUAGAUGUGAUAUUAAUUAAAUAGUGAAGAUGGAAAUAAGACCUGGAGUAUUAAUUUUACUGGGGCUGACGUUAUUCACAUUGGUGAGGGCAGAUGUUGUGAAGGAUAAUGAUAAGGAGAGUACUCCAGAGCAGAACGAAAAAACGACGACAAUUGCGGAGGAUGAUGACGAGGACGUUGAGGAGGAUCUGACGAAUGUGUUUGAGCAGUUGAAGGAGCUGAAGGCUCUCAGGGACUCAAUGUUACAGCUUGUACCGGCUGCUGAUUCUUUUUCUGAUGAUAAAAUUACAAAACAACCAAAAGAAUCGACAAUCAGCGAGGAGGAUAGCUCACAGGAAAAGAGUAAUUCGUUCAGCCACAUUACAGCUUGGAAUAACCUGCUUAAGGUUGCCAAGAAAAUUGGUUUAGAACCUGUCCCAGAAUUUUCUAAUGCUGAUUCAACAAUUUCCCGUUGGGAAGAGGAGUCAGAGGAAGACUACAGUGAAGCUGAAGAAGAGCCACCGGAACCGUUGACUCCGGAGCAGCAAGAAGCUGAAGAGUUGUUUAAAAAAGCCCAAAGUAUGCUGAACGCCACGAGGAGUAAUAAGGCAGAGGCUUAUAAGUUAAUAACAGCAGCUGCAACUCUGGGGCACAAGGAAGCUAGAUCGAUGUUGGCGUGGGCCCAGUUGCUCGGGACUCAAACUGGCCUCCCAUCAGCGAAUCAGGAUAUUCCUGCUGCUUUUCAAACGUUCCAGGAGCUCGUCGAAACGGGUCUCCCUUCAGCACACAUGGGAAUGGGAUUUUUCUACACGAUGGGGCUCAAUAUGGUGAAUAUAUCCCAAGGAAAAGCAUUUUUGCACUACACAAUAGCAGCACUUGGUGGUGACACCCGAGCCCAAAUGGCCGUGGGCUAUCGGCACUGGGCUGGAAUUUCCACAGUAUCAACUUGUGAAAGAGCCCUCGACUUUUAUCGGAAAGUUGCCAAUAAGGUUGCUGAGCAAGUGUCUCUCAGCGGAGGUCCAGUUGUUCAACGAAUUCGAUUGCUGGAGGAGCAAGAAAAUCCAGAAUAUAAUUCUGGAAUCUUGGAUGAUGAUUUGAUUGAAUAUUAUCAGUUAUUGGCGGAGCGAGGGGAUGUCCAGGCACAAGUCGGAUUAGGGCAGCUUCAUUAUCAAGGAGGCAGAGGGGUUCCUUUGGAUCAUCAGAGAGCUUUGGAUUAUUUCCAACAUGCAGCCGACGCUGGGAAUCCUGUCGCCAUGGCUUUUCUUGGGAAGAUUUACCUCGAAGGAAGUGACAUUGUUCAACAAGACAAUGAAACUGCCUACAAAUAUUUCGCAAAAGCAGCCAUGUUGGGAAAUCCAGUGGGACAGAGUGGCUUGGGUUUGAUGUAUUUAUAUGGCAGAGGGGUUGAACGUGACACAGGAAAAGCACUUCAAUAUUUUUCUCAAGCUGCUGAUCAAGGCUGGGUAGAUGGUCAACUGCAAUUAGGCAACAUGUACUUUAGUGGUACAGGUGUUCGUCGUGAUUACAAAAUGGCUAACAAAUACUUCAAUCUGGCCAGUCAAUCAGGUCACGUUCUGGCGUUUUACAAUUUGGCUCAGAUGCACGCGACAGGAACGGGAAUGAUGCGGAGUUGUUCAACAGCAGUUGAACUAUUGAAAAAUGUCGCCGAGCGAGGAAAAUGGAGUGAUCAAUUGAUGACAGCGCACACAGACUACAAAGAGGGUAGAAUCGAUCAAGCCUUCAUUCGUUAUGCCCUCUUAGCAGAAAUGGGAUACGAGGUGGCCCAGAGUAACGCUGCAUUCAUCCUGGACCGAGGGGAAACCGGAGUAUUGACUCCUGAAGAAGGAUUAGUGAUGGCUCUUGCCUUCUGGGCACGUGCAGCUGUUCAAGGCUAUUCUCCAGCCCAAGUCAAGCUUGGAGAUGCUCAUUACUAUGGUCGAGGGACUCGAGUUGACUACGAAGCUGCCGCUGGAUACUACAGACUCGCCUCUGAUCAGCAACACAAUGCCCAAGCUAUGUUCAACCUGGGGUACAUGCAUGAAAGAGGACUUGGUUUGGCUCGUGAUCGUCAUCUAGCCAAACGAUGUUAUGAUCUAGCUGCUGAAGCUAGUCCUGAUGCUCGCAUACCUGUUGCUCUAGCACUUGUCAAAUUAUUCCUUCUCUUCGGCAUUGACUACCUGCAAGAGUUCAGCUUCUCCGAACAAUUUAGCAAAUGGGAUCAACUGUUUGGUCCCAACUGGGAUCUUUAUCUCAUUGGACUCUUCACGGGUUUAGUCAGUCUCAUAAUCUACUUUCGCAGACCACAGCCACCAACUGGUGGGGUCAAUGCUCCUGUUAACUAGUUGACUAUUGAGUUGAUUUCUUUCUUGUCUAUCUAUUGAACUGUAGUCAAGUGGUGAAACGAGAUGGGUUGAGUGUAUUACAGAACAGACGAGGUUUUUCGUGAAUAGAUUUCAAGCAUGAAUCAUAGUCGAAUUGUCUAUGAAAGAUUUUGGCCUUUGAAACAUUAUCAGAUGAUAUUGCCCCAUCUCAUUUCAACAAUUUGCUACGAAAAAAAAUCUGGUUCUAAGCUCAGAGUUUAUUCAAUAUUUGCGUAAAGAAAUUUAUUGUAUCAUUCUCAGCAAUCACGAGCUCCGCGUUGUAUUGUUAAUUACAUUCUAAAAGCCUGUGUCAGUGAAUAUCUGGAUUAUAUGUUUUUCUUUCUCAAGUGGGUUCAUUGUGUUUGAAUGAGAAUGUAUUCAAUAGAUGCUGAGCUCAGAUCCGUGGAGAUUUUAUAUCAAAACAGAAAAGUUGACUGUUUUGUCUACGGAAAAAAACAUGAACAUAGUAAUCAGUUUUGAUGUUUGCUGAGUGAGAAAAAUCUAUUGUCAAGAACCAAAUACUUGUUAAUGACUGAAGUUUGUAUUAUGAAGAUUUAGGAAAGCAGAAAUCUAAGAAAAAAUGAGUAAAUAAAUAAGUUCGUAUAAAAUUUAUGAAUAAAA